AUGCAUCUCUCAAUCACCGUUGCUUUAGCUCUUGUUUCCGCUGUCCAAGCUGGUUACGUCAAGCCAUACGAGACUUCGUGCUGUGAAGACAGUGAAAUCACCACUUUUGAUGACUACUUUGCCUUAGCUAUCAAGCCAUUAUGUGACGACGUUCUUUACGUUGCAUUUGAAAUCGCUGAUGGCCAGUUGGAACACAACUGUGAGACUGUUUGCUGUGAUUUUGCUCACGCAACACCUUAUUACGAUGACUGCUGCUGUGACGAUGACUGCUGCUGUGACGAUGACUGCUGCUGUGACGAUGACUGCUGCGAUGAUGACUGCUGCGACGAUGACUGCUGUGACGAUGACUGCUGUGACGAUGACUGCUGUGACGACGACUGCUGUGACGACGACUGCUGUGACGACGACUGCUGUGACGAUGACUGCUGUGACGAUGACUGCUGUGACGAUGACUGCUGCGAUGAUGACUGCUGUGACGAUGACUGCUGUGACGAUGACUGCUGUGACGAUGACUGCUGCGAGUACACCGACAAGAAGAAGAAGAAGAGAGGCUACAACUCCACUUACGAGAACCCAUUCGAAGACUUGUGCCACUGCUACUGCACCAGCGACCUCGACUGCUACGAUACUUUCACUUUGUGCGAUGGUGUUCUCACCGACGAACAAGCCAGAAUUGGAGAAAUCGUUGCUAACCACCAAUUCCAAUUUGACAACCCAGUUCAGCCUGACGCUUUGUUCACUUCCGGCUGGUCCAUCGUUUGGAAGGACUGCUACUACUUGUUGGCCUUAAACGGAUGCACCACUUUCUGGGAAUGCGCCGUUGAUGACUGUGGCACUUUCAAGAUCUACGAUGCUUGUAUCGGUGCCCAAUGCAAAGAAGUUGAAAUUGUCAUUAUUUUCGACAAAUGCUACUAG